UAACAUACACACCCUGUCUGAUAACACUAGAACAUGUCAAGUUCUCAUAAUAUACAGCCUCGCCUGGACUGGAGGGACCACCCUUCACGUUCUCUUAGGGGGUGAGCAGACCUUGUUCCUCAAGCUUGCUUUGAACUGGAGAGAAGAAAGCCAUUGGUGCUCAGUUUGUGGUUUAUAUGCCCACGAAGAUCAAACUCCACCAAACUCCGCCUCUUAGAGUGUUACACAAUUCCAGGAAAUCAGCACAGUUAAGUUUCGUUUGUCGUGAAAUUGUCAGUCUCUCUGUCUCACUGCAGCAAGAAUGGCUUCAAACUUGUGGUCAGAGGAUCAGUUUAGCUGUUCAGUGUGUCUGGAGCUAUUGAAGGACCCAGUCACUACAUCAUGUGGACACAGUUACUGUAUGGGGUGUAUUAAGAACUACUGGGAUCAGACUGAUCAUACAGGUGUCUACAGCUGCCCCCAGUGCAGAGAGACCUUUACCCCAAGGCCUGAUCUGCGCAGAAACACCAUGCUGGCUGAAGUUGUAGAGGAAUUAAAGAAGACAGUGCUCAAUCCUCCUCCUGCUCAAAGUUAUGCUGGAUCUGGAGAUGUGUCGUGUGAUUUCUGCACUGGGAGAAAGUUCAAAGCUGUGAAAUCCUGUUUGACGUGCCUGGCCUCUUAUUGUGAAACACACGUCAAGCCACACUAUGAGGGGGCUGCUUUCAAGAGGCACAAGCUGAUCAAUGCAAUUGGAAAUCUGGAGCAGAAGCUUUGUGCUGAACACCAGAAGGUUUUGGAGGUCUUCUGUAGAACAGAUCAGACAUGUAUUUGCUUGUUGUGUACACAAGAUGAACACAAGAGCCAUGAUACAGUCUCAGCUAAGAAAGAAAGGAGUGGGAAACAGAAGCAGCUGGGAGAGACACAGAGAGAAAUACAACAGAGAAUCCAGGAGAGAAUGAAAGAAGUGGAGGAGAUGAAACAGGCUGUGAAGUCUCUGAAAAGAUCAGCACAGAGGGAAAUAAAGAAAACCACGAAGAUCUUUAGUGAUCUGAGCCGAUCCAUUGAGAAGAUCCGCACUGAGGUUAUUGAGCUGAUUGGAGCUAACGAGAAGGCUGCAGUGAAUCAGGCUGAAGGACGCAUGAAGAAACUGGAGCAGGAGAUUGCUGAGCUAAGGAGGAGAAACGCUGCGCUGAAACAGCUUUCAGAGACAGAGGAUGACAUCCAUUUUCUACAGAAUUUCCAGUCUCUCUGUGCCCCUCCUGAAGCUGGAGACUUACCCAGCGUUACUGUCAACACAGACAUCUCUUUUGGGGCUGUGAGGAAAGCUCUAUCUGAACUUAAAGACCAUAUUGAGGACUUCUGCAAGGGGGAAUUAGUCAAAAUAACCACAACAGUGAAUGAAGUUGCAGUUUACAGUCUGCAGGCUCCAGAGCCAAGGAACAGAGCUGAGUUUUUAAAAUAUUCCUGUCAGCUCAUACUGGACCCCAACACAGUGCAUAGAAACCUCUGUCUGUCUGAAGGGAACAGAAAGGUGACAUGCAGGAGAGAGACCCAGAGAUAUCCCACUCACCCAGAGAGAUUUGAGAGCUAUCCCCAAGUGCUUUGCAGAGAGGGAUUGUCUGGGACUCGCUGUUACUGGGAGAUUGAAUGGAGUGGUAGAGGGGCUGUUAUAGGAGUCACAUAUAAAGGAAUCCGCAGGAAAGGAGGGGAUCGUUCCUGUAUCCUUGGAUUCAAAGACAAGUCCUGGAGUUUGGAAUGCUCUGAUUCCAGUUACUCUGCCUGGCACAAUAACAAUCACACUGCAAUAACUGCCCCCUGCUCCCCCAGAAUAGGUGUGUAUCUGGACUUUAAUGCCGGCAUGCUGUCCUUUUAUGACGUCUCUGACACAAUGACCCUCCUGCACAGAUUCCAAACCACAUUCACUGAGCCGCUCUAUCCAGGGUUUUGGCUUCGUUAUUAUGAUUCCUCUGUAACAAUCUGUCAGCUGAACUAGACUGUUUUGUGUUGUAAGAAACCCUUUGUAUUGAACUCCCUGUCUGUCCUCUCCACUCCUCGGGUGAAGGGAAUGUUCAAUCUGACACAACUUUGGAUGAAAGUUAGGGGGUAAAACGGCGCCACCUGCAGAACGAAACGAGGGGAAUUAUUUGUUUUUAGAAACAAAUGGAUUUCAUACGAAAUAACUGUAUUUAAUUUCGUUUUUAAUUGUUAUGUUUUAAAUAUAUUUAAAAAAUGGCAUCCAAUAGUCAGUGCUGUAAUGGUUUUUAAAAAAGUGAACUUAAGUUUGCUUUAUUGUGUGUGUGUUUUUGUUCUUUGAUUUCCAUAAGAUAUUUGAUUUGUUUAUUUUUUCAGAUUUUAGUAAUGUGAUUUAAUAAAAAAAAAUAAUUUGA